CAGACGGCGCUGGUGGGUGAUCGUGAGGCUCCGGAGGACGUUCCCGGCGGCCGAAGCCAUGGAGAUGCCGCUGCCGCCUGACGACCAGGAGCUUCGAAAUGUCAUCGACAAACUGGCCCAGUUCGUGGCUCGCAACGGGCCCGAGUUUGAAAAGAUGACGAUGGAGAAGCAGAAGGACAACCCGAAGUUUUCGUUUCUGUUCGGAGGCGAGUUCUAUAGUUACUACAAGUGCAAACUGGCGUUGGAGCAGCAGCAGCUCAUCUGCAAGCAACAGGGUCCAGAGCUGGAGCCGGCCACUGCCCUUCCCCCCCUGCCCCAGCCCCCGCUCGCUCCUGCAGCACCCAUCCCACCGGCCCAGGGCGCCCCAUCUAUGGAUGAGCUUAUCCAGCAGAGCCAGUGGAACCUGCAGCAGCAGGAGCAGCAGCUGCUGGCCCUCAGACAGGAACAGGUCACAGCGGCCGUGGCACACGCAGUAGAGCAGCAGAUGCAGAAGCUCCUAGAGGAGACCCAGCUGGAUAUGAAUGAAUUUGACAACCUGCUGCAGCCCAUCAUCGACACAUGUACCAAGGAUGCCAUCUCGGCCGGGAAGAACUGGAUGUUUAGCAAUGCCAAGUCCCCACCACACUGUGAAUUGAUGGCUGGCCAUCUCCGGAACCGCAUCACAGCUGAUGGGGCACACUUUGAGCUGCGGCUGCACCUCAUCUACCUGAUCAAUGAUGUGCUGCACCACUGGGCCCUGACGCGCGGAAGGUCUCUCCCUCACAGCCAGCGCAAGCAGGCCCGGGAGCUGCUGGCUGCCCUGCAGAAGGUCGUGGUGCCCAUCUACUGCACCAGCUUCUUGGCUGUGGAGGAAGACAAGCAGCAAAAGAUUGCCCGGCUUCUGCAGCUCUGGGAGAAGAAUGGCUACUUCGAUGACUCCAUCAUUCAGCAGUUACAGAGCCCAGCCCUGGGGCUAGGCCAGUACCAGGCGACACUCAUCAACGAGUACUCCUCGGUGGUGCAACCAGUGCAGCUAGCCUUCCAGCAACAGAUCCAGACCCUAAAGACGCAGCACGAGGAGUUUGUCAACAGCCUGGCCCAGCAGCAGCAGCAGCAGCAGCAGCAACAGCAGCAACAACAGCAGCAACAGCAGCAACAACAGAUCCAGAUGCCGCAAAUGGAAGCCGAAGUCAAGGCCACCCCUCCACCACCUGCCCCACCUCCAGCCUCUGCGCCUGCCCCAUCUAUCCCACCAACUACACAGCCUGAUGACAACAAGCCUCCCAUCCAAAUGCCUGGUUCCUCCGAGUAUGACACCACAGGAGGGGUCCAGGACCCUGCCACUGCUGGCCCCCGGGGCCCUGGACCCCACGACCAGAUCCCACCAAACAAACCCCCAUGGUUUGACCAGCCUCACCCUGUGGCUCCUUGGGGCCAACAGCAGCCUCCCGAGCAGCCCCCCUACCCGCAUCACCAGGGCGGGCCACCCCACUGCCCACCCUGGAACAACAGCCAUGAGGGCAUGUGGGGUGAGCAGCGGGGGGACCCCGGCUGGAAUGGCCAACGCGAUGCCCCAUGGAACAGCCAGCCUGACCCAAACUGGAACAGCCAGUUCGAGGGCCCCUGGAACAGCCAACAUGAGCAGCCACCCUGGGGUGGGGGCCAGCGUGAGCCACCCUUCCGCAUGCAGCGGCCACCGCACUUCCGGGGCCCCUUCCCACCCCACCAGCAGCACCCACAGUUCAACCAGCCGCCUCACCCGCACAACUUCAACCGCUUCCCGCCCCGCUUCAUGCAGGAUGACUUCCCCCCACGGCACCCCUUUGAACGACCGCCCUACCCUCACCGCUUCGACUACCCUCAGGGGGACUUCCCUGCCGAGAUGGGCCCCCCGCACCACCACCCUGGCCACCGCAUGCCUCAUCCUGGGAUCAACGAGCACCCACCCUGGGGGGGGCCCCAGCACCCUGACUUCGGCCCUCCUCCCCACGGCUUCAACGGGCAGCCCCCCCACAUGCGGCGACAGGGCCCUCCCCAUAUCAACCACGAUGACCCCAGCCUGGUCCCCAAUGUGCCCUACUUCGACCUCCCCGCUGGGCUGAUGGCCCCCCUUGUGAAGCUAGAAGACCACGAGUAUAAGCCUUUGGACCCUAAAGAUAUUCGCCUCCCACCCCCCAUGCCGCCCAGUGAGAGGCUGCUCGCAGCUGUAGAGGCCUUUUAUAGCCCACCCUCCCACGAUAGGCCCAGGAACAGUGAGGGUUGGGAACAGAAUGGCCUCUAUGAGUUCUUCCGAGCAAAAAUGCGCGCCCGGCGGAGGAAGGGCCAGGAGAAGAGGAACAGUGCACCCUCCAGGUCUCGCAGCAGAUCCAAAAGCCGAGGGCGUUCGUCUUCCCGCUCCAACUCGAGGUCCUCCAAGUCAUCAGGCUCAUACUCGAGGUCAAGGUCUCGCUCCUGUUCCCGCUCCUAUUCCCGCUCCCGAUCCAGGAGCCGGAGCCGAUCACGCUCCUCAAGAAGCCGCUCCCGCUCCCGCUCCCGCUCCCGCUCCAAGUCAUACUCCCCAGGAAGGAGACGCCGCUCACGGUCUAGGAGCCCCACACCGCCUUCUUCAGCCGGCCUGGGUUCUAAUUCAGCACCUCCAAUACCUGACUCCCGGCUUGGGGAGGAGAACAAAGGCCAUCAGAUGCUGGUGAAAAUGGGCUGGAGUGGAUCCGGCGGCCUUGGUGUGAAGGAGCAAGGGAUACAAGACCCCAUCAAGGGCGGUGAUGUCCGGGACAAAUGGGACCAGUACAAGGGUGUGGGCGUGGCCCUGGAUGACCCCUACGAGAACUACCGCCGAAAUAAGAGCUACUCUUUCAUCGCACGCAUGAAGGCCAGGGACGAGUGCAAUGGCAAGGUCUGGACUCCCCUACAAAGCAGCUCUGCCGCAGAAGCCAAAGGCCCACGAGAUGCCCCAGCCCACAUGGCGUGAGCUCACUGCCCAUAACACAACCGGAGAACACAAGACCCUCCGCCCCAGACAACGCUUGACGUAGAAGGAACAAAUGUGCCUCCCUUGGCAGGCAGACCUGAGCCUCUUCAUCACGAGGGCGCAUGUGGAGCCAAAGCAGACCAGCAGGACCAUGAGACAGGCCACCCACCCACCUCCCCGUCCAUGUGUAAUGCUACAGCUCAGGCAGGCGCCAGCACUGCUCUAUCUUUAGAAAUGGAAAAACAAAACCUUUUUGAUUUGUAAAGUUAAACAGCGUUUUUAUUUUUAAUCCCAAAUGGUUUAAUAGUUUUAGAAAAAAACAAUUACUGAUCUGAGAUGACCCCUGUGAAAGAUUGGGAGACCUGAUUCCUCUGAGACAUGCUGGCCCUUAGUUCAGUUAUUUUAGUUGUUGAAGUUGAAUUUUUUUUCCUGAAUGUUAGCCAUUUGCUAUUACCUGCAGAAACAGGUUCUGAGGAAGCUGAUCUGAGGCAUCUGCAGGUUAGGGGAUGAUACCACAGAGAAUCAAGCCCUCAGUGUGUGGUGUUACAUUUUCUCUUAGGAGCCCGAGCACCAGUGCCCAUGUGGUGGCCACUCAGAUCCAAUGUGGGUCUCCCCAUCCAGUCACUCCCUCAGCCCCACCUACCCACCUGCCCACAGGGAGGCCAGGCCAACAGGGAGCCACCUCCACCUGAGCCACCAGUGACUGUCUGUGGGCAGUGUGAUAAGCACCGCUUAUUUGUACAGAAACAUUUUUGAAAAAUUCUUUUCAAUAAGAUGCAAAAUCCUCUCCAACUUUUCAACCUGAUGUGGUAAAAUAUUUGAUUUUGUUCUAGAUUUCCUGUAGCUGUGAACUGUUCAAAUGUGUCUGAUUCAGGAUAAAACGUAAACACAUGCUGUUAACAAUUUCUUGUGGAUUUUACUGUUUUGCCUUCAAAUAAAGAUUUUUUUUUUUAAAGACCUCAGUCUUUUUGUGUUUAAGUGACAAGUAUGCUGGGCUUAGUGGGAGGAGGUGUGUUGAAUGCAGAUGGUGCCUGAUUGUGGCCCUCUGACUCAGCCUGUUCUCUCAAGGGAGUCGCCACAUGGGCACCUGGCCAGUGGCCUUGUUAGUCACAUUAGUUUCAUUAGAUGGGGCUUGGAAUUCCGCCAUCUGCCUCACUUGUUAGGAAGCUAGCACUUGGUCAGGUAGAGCAACUCUAUUGGGCCACUGUUGUAUGGUGAACAGUCAUAACUCCACCUGGAGGUUCAUCUCUGCUAGCCUGUCUUGUGUCCUCAGGUGCUAGGUAUACUCGGGGUGG